GGGGCUGGGGAGAAGGAAAGGCGGAUGGGGCACUUGGGGGUGAGACCCUGGGGUGGCGCAUCUGGAGCGGCCGUGAGGGCAACAUCAUCUGGGCACAUCUGGGCACAUCUGGGCGGGCACAUCCGCACCUCUGGGCGCGGGGGGGAUGCUGCAGCCGGCGCUCGGUGCCGGUGCGGUUCGGUUCCAGCGCCGUGCCAGGCCUGUGCCAGGGGGUUCCUGCUGCGGAGGCGGCUCCGGGGCGUGCGGGAGGAGUUCGAGGCCGCGGUGCUGGAGAUCGAGGGCGACCUGAGGCAGCUGCGCUGGAGCGGCCGCGUCCUGCAGCGGCCGCGCUUCGGCCGCGAGCUCCGGGAGCAGCGCGGCAGCGGCACCGGCACCGGCACCGGGAGCGGCAGCGGCACCGGGAGCGGGAGCAGCACCGGGAGCGGCAGCGGCACCGGGAGCGGGAGCAGCACCGGGAGCGGCAGCGGCACCGGGAGCGGCAGCGGCACCGGGAGCGGGAGCAGCACCGGGAGCGGCACCGGCACCGGGAGCGGCACCGAUCGCGGCUCACCGUGUGACCCCGGCCGGCAGCACGGCCCCGGCCCGGCCCCGGCAGGAUUUGUCGCUCCAGGCGCGGCCCAGCCCUCCCCAGGGAAUCCCCGGGACCCGGCGGAGGCCGCGGAGAACGAGACCAUUCCCAGGAAAACAAGGGAGAAAGCAGCUGCUGGUGGCAGCUGGGGGAACACCCCCCUCUCAUCCCCCCUGCUCUUUGGGAACCCCAAAAACCCCCAAAAUUCGGGGGGUGCAGCUGCUGCAAGCCCCGAGGAGGAGGAGGAGGAGGAUGGGGAUGUGCAGAGCAGCGAGCGCCCGGGAAUCCCCCAGGAGCUGCGGGGGCUGCCCCGAUGGGAGCUGCAGGAGCGCAGGGAGCAGCUCCUGCUGGAGCUGCUGUGGGUUCAGCAGGCCCUGGCCAGCAGGAAACAGUUCCUGCUGCUGAAGCAGAAGCUGGGAAUUCCCCACCGUGGCAGCAGCAUUCCCGAAUUCCUGCACUGCUGGGGAGAGGCCCUGCAGCUGCUGCAGCAGCAGCCCUGAGCCUCCCUGGGAUGCAAAAAAAAAAAAAAAGCAACAAAUCUUUUGUGGAUGUUUGCUCCGAGCAGGAUCAGCCCCGGAGGGAGCUGUGCCCACGUGGGUGGUGGGAGGUGGCUGAGCUGGGUGCUCCAGGUGGGAAUGGCAGGGUUGGCAGUGCCAGCGGCGCUGCUGGGGCUGUGUGGAGCUGGAGUGGCAGCAGGGAGCUGCAGGAAGGAGCUCUUGGCACGCAGCUCUGCCUUCCAGCUGGCAAUCUGCAGUGCCCAGGCUGUGCAAGUGAGCACUGACACUUCCCUGGCUGUGCUGUGCAGUCAGGGAGGGCCUGUCCCACUGAUCCUUGGGAUGAGCUCAUUCCUGCCUUUCCUCUGCCUCUGGAAUUGUCUCGUGGGCCAGAGGCAGGAAAGGACCUGGUGCUUUGUCAAUUCCUUCAGCUCAGGGACAUUCCAGGUCCCUCAGAAAGGGACUUCCCACGUGGUGCUGUGGUUCCCUGGAUCCUUCUGCUCUGCAAUUCUUUUUAUUUUUUGGGAAUAAAGAAACUUUUCCUGAUGCUGA